AUGGCUACCAUCGUAGGCGCCUCCAACGGCGAGCCUUCGUCUGCGCCGCAGUACGAGCAGGGAUAUGACGACGACACCCCACUUUUUACCUGCCUCUCGUGCAGCAUCGCUUUCCCCAACCCGGACGACCAGCGCACUCACUACCGUUCCGAUCUGCACCGCUACAACAUGAAGCGUCGAGUCGCCAACCUGCCACCGGUCAAGGCCGACGUCUUCAACGCCAAGAUCCUCGAGAGGCGCGCAGCCCUCGCUCAGGAAGCCGAGACCACCGCUACGCCUGACAAAUGCGAGGCUUGCGAUAAGAAGUUCGCAUCCCAGAACGCCUACCUCGCCCACCUCAACUCGAAGAAGCACAAGGAGAACGCGGCGAAGCUCGACAAGAAGAGGGCGAACGCAGCUUCCCAAGCCGGCCCUUCCACCGCCGUUGCAGCCGAUGCCGACACCGAGCAGGUGCCCCUUGUAUUCCGAGUUCCGAAGCCCACCGCUUCCGACGCAGAACCGGCUUCAGCCCCGGCUGCCGAUGCCGCCACCUCCUCCGGCGCUGCCGCAGACAAGAAGCAAAACGCGCGCGAGACGCUCAUGGUCUCGGAGGACGCCACCGAGGAGCAGAUCCAGGCGGCCAUCGACGCCAAGGUCGCCUCGUCGCGUCGCAUCGACCCCAACCACGAGUGCAUGUUCUGUGCCAAGUCUGGGUUUGGCGAGCUCAAGGACACGCUCGCACACAUGUCCAAGGCGCACGGCUUCUUCAUCCCCGACUCGGAGUACAUUGUGGAUCUGCCGGGCCUGGUAGCGUACCUGGCGGACAAGGUGAGCAUCGGCAACAUCUGCCUCUACUGCAACGGCCGCGGCAAGGGCUUCCACAACGUCGAGUCGGUGCGCAACCACAUGCUCGACAAGUUUCACUGCAAGAUCGCCUACUCGGAUCCCGAGGACCAGCUGGAGCUCGGCGACUUUUACGACUUUACCAGCUCGUACCCUGCGGACGAGGACGAGGAGUGGGAGGAUGACGAUGCUGAGGAGGAUGCAGAGGACGACAUGGACGUGGAUGGCGAAGGCAAGGUGCUUGACCUUACGACCAAGGCUGGCAAGAAGAGCGCGACUGCCGAUGCGGAGGAGCACGAUGACCAGAUCCGCUACGGUGAUUCGGAGCUCGAGCUGGUUCUGCCGUCCGGCGCCAGGUUGGGACAUCGUUCGCUGCGUCGCUACUACCAGCAGUCGCUACGCGAGGUGCCCAUGGGCUCUGCCCGCGACCAGACCGAUCUUUCGCGCCGCUACGGUGGCGGUGGUGCCCUUGCGCGUCGUCUGAUUGCAGAGAGCGGCAUGGGUCAUCACGACGGCGACGGAACGCUCGUCACCGGCCGUGGCGGUCAGGUGAUCAAGGCGAGAAAUAGGGGCGAGGCAAGGGAGGCCAAGAAGCACAUCACCGAAUUCAGAGACAGGUCGAGGAGAGAACAGUACAAGACCAGGAUCGGAUUCAGGAACAACAACCAGAAGCACUUCCGCGAUCCCCUCCUGCAGUAG